AUGACAAUGUUAUUAAACGGGAUAAGGAUGACAAUAAAGUGUCUCCAGUCAUCAAACCAGCGGAUGACAGUUUCAUAUCUCCCCAGAGUUAAAAACUACUCUGAUUGGUUCCAUCGUCAGCCGAAGCGCAUUGUCAACGAGGAGGAACUCUUGGAUUACGCUGAAGCUGCCGAUGGACCUAACGAGUUUCUGGAGUCGGAUAAAAAAAUAAAACCGACUCGUGCUCCGUUGAAAGUUCGACCGAACAAACGUCAGAUUAAAAAGAAAUUGAAAGUUACUCCCAGUGAUACUAAAUUUAAAGAAGAUGGUUCGCUGAAUUUUAUCGAGUUGACUGAAACUGACCGAACAUUGACAAUGCUAAUGAUGUCAGUGAGGAGCAGAAAAACCCGUGACAGAAACAGCAAAAUUAUUUUAGAAGGUGCAAGGAUGAUCAACGACGCCAUAGACGCUGGGCUGACACCUGAAAUUAUUUUAUUCAGCAGAAAUCCUGAUGUGGAGAAGCUCUCACUGCCACAAUCGGGAGUUAAAUUGUUCAAAGCACCUUACAGAGCUAUCCAAACAUGGUCAACGCUGGUUACAUCUCCAGGACUUAUGGGAUUUUUCGUGAUGCCAGAUACUGAAAAACGCGAACCAGCACCUGAUGCGUUACCAGUCACUAUUGUUUGUGACAAUGUUAGAGAUCCUGGUAAUUUGGGGUCGAUAUUACGCGCAGCGGCUGCUGUUGGUUGCAAAAAAUUUGUAACGUUGAAAGGCUGUGUUGAUAUUUGGGAUCCCAAGGUGCUGAAAAGUGCAGCUGGAGCUCAUUUUCGCAUGCCGAUUUUCGCCAGCCAGGUCUGGGAUAACAUGACCAAAUUCGUCAACCCAGAUGCUAAUAUAUACGUCGCUGAUCACAGUAUAGAAGAUAUUGCGCCGGUUGAAGAACUUGCAGACCAUGAAGAAGUAGAAGCGCAACUUAAUGCUGAGAUAGAAAGUGCGCUGGAGGACAACAAAGACAGUCUUGAAGUUGAAGAGGAAAAUAAAAAAAAGAAGAAGACUUACCAGCAGGUCAAGCACGAGACUCAACUGGCCAAAGAGAUGAAAAAAAAUAUUCCGGUUAUUCCGUACUACGCGACCGAUUAUACCAAAGAUGAGAUUGUUAUAAUUGUCGGGGGGGAAACAGAGGGUCUAAGUCUUGAAGCUGUUAAAUUAAUUAAUGACAAGUUUGGAGUACGAGUCAAUAUUCCGAUGACCAAUGGAGUUGACAGUCUUAAUUCAAGCAUGGCUUUGGGAAUAAUUGCCUUUGAAAUAAGACGCCAGUUUGCGCUUAAAGCUGCCGAGAAAAUUAUUAAAGAUUCUGAGGAAAAAAAUGAUAAAUAG